AUGGUUUUUGCAUUGGGAACUUAUGACACUGCUGAGGAGGCUGCAAGAGCUUACGAUGAGGCUGCUUGCUUGCUCCGGGGAGCCAAUACCCGGACAAACUUUUGGCCUCGUCAUUCAACGCCGCCGGCUCUUCCCUCAAAGAUCACCAAUCUUCUUUUGCUUAGGCUAAAAGCUAGGCACAUUGCCGCCACGUCAGCACCAACUUCUUGUUUGCCUGUUGAGCAGGAAAUAAAAGUAAAAGAUUAUGAUGAUAAGUUUGAUAGUUUCUUCAAUGCUGAUGCUAGUGAUAACAUUACUACUGUAAGUUUUGAAUCAUCAAGUUUGACUGGAGGAUUUGAAGAGGGUAGUUGUGUGAGAGCCUUGGAUAUGGAGGAAGAAAUUGAAGAAAAAGAAGAUUUGCAGUUUGUGGAUGCUGAGAGAUCUGACUCUUAUUGUUCACCUUUUGAGAUAACUGAGGAAAUGGUACUGGGGCCUUUAAUGGAGCUGGAGAAUCAUGGGGAUCAGGAGGCUUCAGUGCUUGGAGAGACCAUGAAGAGGAUGAUGUUUGAACGUAAAUUCUCAGCUUCUCUUUAUGCCUUCAAUGGGAUUCCAGAGUGCUUAAGGCUGAAGCAAUCAGGGGUGGCAAAUGAUCAAACAGAGAAAAAAGAUAAAGAAGAAACUUUUCAGAAGGUGGUCAUGCAAGAAGAGGUUGAGAAUAUCCCACAAACAUCGACAGAAAUUGGAUCUUCUUCUUCUUCUUCUUCUGUUUCCUCCUCAUUUUUGAGCACAGAAAGUAGUGAACAGUGUCUUUGGAGCUCUCUCAAUCUUUCUUCUAUCUGCUCUAUAUGA